CCGAAUUGCUUAUAUAUUUUACGGUUCUUACCCUGUCAAGUUGCGGGAAAAACUGAGCUCUCCGAGGUCAGAAGGGAGCGAGCCCGGUCAGUCCCAGUGGGUCUCUUCCCUUGCCUGGAUCGCCACGUAUUUAUGGCACAAGCCACGCGGUCUUCUUCUUCUCCUCCCGCGGCCAUUGCAGGUCUUGCAGCAACGUCUCUCUCCUCUGGGCGGUGGGCGCUCGAUGUUCUUGGCUCCUUCACUUGGACUUCGCCCCGUCGGCGUCCACUGAUCAAUUGAUCAUCUGCAGCUUUCACAGAAACAGUAGAUAAGCUACCAGCAUCUAUUUUGCGUAUCUGAACUCCAAAAAGGAGAGCUCGAAACUACAGCAAUGGGUUGCUACCCUGUGUUCUGGAGGAAGAAGAACUCCAGAAGCCAGGUUGUGCAGCUUGACCAAGACAUCCCAAUCGCGGGCAACGUGAAAAUCUACUCGUCCAAGGAGCUGAGGAAAGCCACGGGAAAUUUCUGCCCGGGAAGCAAGCUUGGACAGGGUUCUUUCGGCCGUGUAUACCUGGGAAAACUGAACAAUGGCGAGAAAGUUGCCAUCAAGGUGCUCUCCUCAGAGUCCAGGCAAGGGACAAAGGAGUUCUUGAAUGAACUGAGUGUCAUAUCCAACAUAACUCACCACAACCUUGUCAAACUGCAUGGCUGCUGCAUCGACGGAGGCCAGAAGAUGCUGGUCUACAACUACGUGGAGAACAACAGCCUUGCACAAACCCUUUUCGGUAAUUCCCGCAGCGGCAUCAGAUUUGACUGGAGAACAAGGGUGGAGAUCUGCGUUGGCGUUGCCGAUGGGCUCACGUACCUCCACGAAGAAGUCCGUCCACCGAUCGUCCACCGCGACAUCAAAGCGAGCAACAUCCUUCUCGACAGAAAUCUGAGACCCAAGAUAGCAGACUUUGGGCUGGCGAAGUUCUUCCCUGGCAACAUGACACACAUCAGCACCAGAGUUGCAGGGACGCUAGGAUAUCUUGCGCCAGAGUACGCCAUCCGAGGGCAGCUGACCAAGAAGGCCGACGUCUACAGCUUUGGUGUACUGCUGCUGGAGAUCGUCAGUGGCAGAUGCCACACUGAUCCCACAUUACCUCUUGACGAGCAGUUCCUCCUAGAAAAGGUCUGGACACUCUCGGAGUCCGAUGAUCUUGAGAGCAUCAUCGACGGUACCAUGGAGCGCGAUUUCGACACCGAGGAAGCACGUCGGUUGCUGAAAAUAGGUCUUCUGUGCACCCAGGAUAGCCCCAAGAUCAGGCCCUCCAUGUCAAUGGUUGCCAAGAUGCUGAAGGGUGAGUGUGAUGUGAGUGAAAAGAUCAUGCGGCCCAGCCUGAUCACAGACGUCAUGGACCUGAAAGUCAGGACAGUAGAGCCGAUCCAGUUCAGUUUAUCCCCAUCGAUGUCACCUGCGCUGAGCAGCUCACUGGUGUCCACACUUGCAUUAGCUGGUAGCACAGUUGUAGAGAGCCGCUGAAGGAACUAGUUAAAGGACCAGGUUCCUACAAAAAAUGGUUUGUUAGAAGCAGCAUGAAUUGUUUUUUUGUUUGUGUUUUAGUACAUUGUAAGGUUGUCAGUUUGUAUAUAUAACAUCCUAGUUUGAUUAUCGAGAUUAGAGAUUUUGGCCAUAUGAAGUGUCAGUUAAAAACAA